AUGAAAUACGAGCACAUUCUUCAACUGCCAGCCCGAAAAGUGAACGAGUUUUUAGCCAAGGAAUCGGAAAAACCGUCAAAAAUUGUUAAGGAAGAAAGCGAAGAAGUCCUCGAGGGAAUAGAAUUCGAACGGAAGAACAAAGCCGCCACAGUCAUACAACGAACACUUGCGGCAUAUCGGGCGGCUCGUGAACGUGAUGCAGCAGCGUUUGCAAAACGUCAACUCAUAAUCCAAUCUAUGAAAAGGGACAUAGCAGUACUGAACAGCAUCAAACCUGGAAUGUCCGUAACGCCGUCUCUUCUUAAACGCCUAGGAUCAACCAGACCGCUAUCUGAUUAUAAAGCAUCCAUCAAUCAUGAAGAGGAAAUGGAGAAAAUUGAGAGCUCACUUCUUGAUCUUAACAUAUAA